CCCUGCACUCAAGUUAUGAUGCAGUUCAUGUGCAGCAUACUUUAGCAUAUGUUUGCAGUGCAGCUCCAUCUCAGGUUUUAUUUUAUCUUAUCUUGGAUCAGCUUAACGCAGGACUCCUUCCAGGUGAAUGAGAUGGCAGAGUGUGGGGUCCAAGGUGAACAACCUCAGAGGCGUCUUGCUGUGAAGGAAAACGGAGAGCUGACAGACUCGCAGCUGUCUGUGGAUGAGAGGAAACAGAGGGACAGGGAGGAGAGGGAAUCUCUGGUGUUAUGGAGGAAUCCUCUGUUCACACUACACUACUUCACUCUGGAACUGCUUAUCACCAUUGAAGAGUGGCUGAAGAGGAUCUGGGAGCAAAGACAGACUCUGUUUGGACUGCUGAUACUGCUUAUCCUCCUCCUCAUUGCCUACAGUGUUGAAGGAACACACCAGAAGGUGACUAAAUAA